GUGGCUGUGAAACACACGACAGACUUCAGAGCUUCACAUUUAAAGAACUUUCAUAUUUGUUGUUUUUUCAGCAGCAGGAGGAGACGACUCCAAAGAGAUCAGGUCGGAGGGGACGACCGGCGAAGGGAGCAUCAGCUGCAGAGGACUCAGAUAAAAAAGACAAAAAGGCCGAAGACAGCGAGCAGAACGAAGACGAGGACGAGGACGACGGCGAGCGGGACGAGGAGGGAAAAGGAAAGGCGACCAGAGCGACCACACGGGCGGCGUCUCGUCUGGAGGCUGAAAGAAACAAGCCGAGCAAACCGUCGACCCGGGCGAGUCGUCUGACGGGUAAAGACGAGACCGCAGCGGGCACGCGCGGGACGAGGGGCCAGGCUGCAGCGGUCAAGGGGGCCGCAAAAGGGAGGCCAGCCCCCCUGCUGUGCGGACGCGGGGGGAAAUCAGACGAGCCCCCCCCAAGAGAGCCAAACGCUAAAACAACGAGAAGACGGCGUCCGACUGCAGACGACAUCAUCAUUCCUCUGAGCCAAUCAGAGGCCUGA